AUUGCAGGGGUAGGAGGGGAGGGGAGGACGCGAUGGAGGCCGACUCCGGCAAGCUCUUCGUCGGCGGCAUCUCCUGGGAGACGGACGAGGAGCGCCUCCGCGACUACUUUGGGCGCUUCGGGGAGGUCACCGAGGCCGUCAUCAUGAGGGACCGCAACACCGGCCGCGCCAGGGGAUUCGGCUUCAUAGUCUUUGCGGAGUCGGGCGUUGCGGAGCGGGUCACCAUGGACAAGCACAUGAUAGAUGGACGCAUGGUGGAAGCCAAGAAAGCUGUUCCCAGGGACGACCAGAGCAUCGCGAGCAAGAACAAUGGCAGCAGCAUAGGGUCGCCCGGACCGGUCCGUACCAGGAAGAUCUUUGUCGGAGGCCUGGCAUCCAACGUCACCGAGGUUGAGUUCAGGAGGUACUUUGAGCAGUUCGGCAUGAUAACAGACGUGGUUGUCAUGUACGACCACAACACCCAGAGGCCCAGGGGCUUUGGCUUCAUCACCUAUGAUUCAGAGGACGCCGUGGACAAGGCGCUCCACAAGAACUUCCACGAGCUCAAUGGCAAGAUGGUGGAAGUCAAGCGAGCUGUCCCCAAGGAGCAGUCCCCUGGACCCGUUGCACGCUCACCUGCCGGAGGGCAGAACUUUGCCAUGAGCAGGGUCCAUAACUUCCUCAAUGGCUUCAACCAGGGCUACAACCCGACCCCGAUAGGAGGUUACGGCAUGAGGGUCGAUGGAAGGUAUGGGCUGCUUUCGGGUGCCCGAAACGGCUUCUCUUCGUUUGGACCUGGCUAUGGAAUGGGCAUGAAUGUUGAUGCUGGCAUGAAUGCAAACUUUGGUGCAAACAACAGUUUCCUCAGUAACUCAAAUGGCCGCCAAAUGGGUUCGUACUACAAUGGUGGUUCAAACAGAUUAGGUAGUCCUAUCGGGUACGUCGGUCUUAAUGACGACUCGGGAUCAAUACUGAGCUCAAUGGGGAGGAACGUCUGGGGCAAUGGAAAUGUUAACUACCAGAACAGCCCCACAAACAUGAGUUCUUUUGUACCAUCUGGAAGUGGCAGUCAGGUGGGCCUUACUGGCGACAGCAUAAACUGGGGAGGUCCUACUUCUGCCCAUGGGAUGGGAGGCAUUUCAAGCCUCGGGGCUGGUAACAUUGGCCGUGGGACUGGAGAUAACUUUGGUUUGCCAUCUGGUGGCUAUGGAAGGAGCAACCCAACUGGCACCAUUGGUGAACCUUUCUCUGCGUCAGCCAAUGCAUAUGAAAUGAACAACAUAGAUACAUAUGGCAACAACUCUAUCUAUGGUGACUCAACCUGGAGGUUCACGUCAUCUGAGAUCGAUAUUCCCCCUUUUGAUAAUGAUCUUGGAAAUAUUGAUCCAGAUAUCAAAUCGAACAUGCCAGCAAGUUACAUGGGCAACUAUACUGUUAAUAAUAAUCAGACAAGCAGAGGUAUCACUUCCUAGGCGAGAAUAUUAUUAUAGUCAUAUAUGACUUGGGAUAGGCGAGACACCCUUUAUAUCAGGUAUUCAGGUGCAGUACUGUGAAUUGGUGAUAUCAGAUUAAUAUACAGGUUAGUUAAUUGUUUCUAGCUAACCAGAGGUGUGGUUUAUGGACACCAACAUGCUAGAGGAGCGGAUACAAACAUUUUGUGAAGGUUUCAGAUUUUAGUUUAAUUUCUACGUGUAUUAGGUCUUUUGGUUUUCCAAUGAGAUGUGCAGUGGUGAUUGCGGCACACACUUAGAAGUGUUCCAACAUAAGCUGGAAUUCUGUCAUACGGACAAACUUGUAUACCAGGAAUGCUGUAUUAUCUUGCCCAUUUAUGGCAACAUUAGCUCGUGUGUUUUCUUCUC